AUGAAGCGCGCCUUCCCCGCUUUCUUCAUCGCCCAUCACACAUCGCACGUCCCUCGCGACUGUCCACCGUGCGUGUGCGCGUUCAUCUGCUUCAUCCUUGUUACGGUCUCGGCGCCGUUCAUCCGCAGCCUGUACGUUGCGCACAUUCAGUCUGCCGCGAAGCAGGAGCUCGCGCAGAACCUCGGCGUGUUCGGAUACUGUUACCCUGGCGGCACCACCGUCCUUGGCUUCUCGCUCUCGGACACUGCGUGCUCCAAGCCCACGUACCCUUACCAGCUCGAUGAGAAGUUCUUUGGCUACAACUCGUCGACUGCCUCGAACCUGAACCCUCUCGGCAACCACUUCCUCGACAACCAGGCUAUCUCGAUCACUAAGGGUAUCGGCAAGGCUCUGAUCCUCAACCCCAUCGCCGCCGCCCUCUGCCUGCUUGGUCUGAUCCCCUCGCUCAUCUCGGUCUGCACCACCUGGCGCUGGACUCAGAUUGCCGCGUGGUUCUUCCUCCUCCUCGCCACCAUCUGCUCGUGGAUCGCCUUCAUCAUCAACAUUGUCUUCGCCGCCCUCGUUAAGAGCCGCGUCAAGGACACCACCAAGGGCAACUAUGUCGGCUCGAUCGGUAACGCCACCUGGGUCUCGCUCGCCGGCGCGAUUCUCAUGAGCAUUGCCAUGGCUCUUGCCCUCUUCGGCUCGUGCUGCUGCAUCAAGACGAAGAAGGAGAAGAUUGCCGCCGAGCAGCACGACAUGGAGGGUCUCAACAAGGAGUCUGCCGCUAUCGGCACCACUGCUGGUACCACCACUGGCACUUCGAACGCGUACAACCCCAACUACGAUGCCGAGUACACCCCCGCCGGCUACGACACGACUGUCGCCGCUGAGCCCACGGCCCACAAGUCGAAGUACGCUUUCUGGAAGAAGUAA